CAUAUUUGAGCACAGAGAUGGGGGAUGUGCCGCCAUCCUACUUCCGACCGACGCUUUUCUGUUUCUAGUGCUUAAGAGUCGCCGCCGGCCCGCCGGCGUUCUUGCCGGUUGGCACCCUAAACGCCGCUUCAAUAAAAGAGAGAGAGAGAGAGAGAGAGGCUGUGCUUCCAUGGAGACGGAGGUGGUGGAGCUAUCGCUCCCGGAAGGCGAUGUAGCGGUCCAGACAGACGAAGAGCACUGGAACGCUUAUUUGGAGGAGGAGGAUAAACGGAAAGAUACAGAUGAUAGCGACGGCGAUAUGGAGGACAAGCCCUUGGAUUCUUUAGUCACGGUGGUUCACGAGGACAAAUUGAAGGAAGUUCUAAGGAACCUGUGUUUCGAGGAGCCGAAGAUCGUGAUCGAUGCUUCGAAGGAGUUCGUUCGACUGCUUCGCGGCGCAUCCGGUGAGGAGUUUCUUCGCCAGUACGUUCAGGCAUCGCCCUCGUGCCAGGAACUCUGGGAUGCUUGGAAGUUGCAGAGGGAAAAAUCGGCCCUAACCCGCGUUUGGUUGUUAAUCGCCACGAUCUUGGAACAUCCCGGAGGUAAGGAGACGCUCGUUGAGUCUGCUGGAUCGAGAGGGGGUGGCAUCACGAUUGAUCCUGCCGCGAAGUCGAGGCAUGCGAUAAGGAAGAAACUUGACAAAUUCGCUCGCAGCAUCGUGGAAGAUAAGUUGGAUGAUGUUUAUGGGGCGCUUAGCAGUAAGGAAACAAGCCGGAGAAAAGCUGCAUUAUCGCUCAUGGCUGCUGUUGUUAGGCGAGGACCUGGUUUCGCUCAUGAAGUUGUCAGGAAAUUCGAUUUUUCGAUGAAGGCUUUUGUGGAGCUCGCAGAAACUAAGCCUAGGAAGAUGGGGACUAAAGCCAAGAAGGAGGAAAAAAAGAAGAAACCAUCUACUAGACCGGCGUUUAUUGAAUUUGCAAUGGCGUUCCUGCAAGCUAGUGAUCCUAGGGCAUUGCGGUGGGUUCUUCAGAAGAGGGAGCUAUGUGCUGGAGUGCUACAUAGUCUCAGCAGAGACGAUGACAAAACAAUCAGCUUCGUUCUUUGUACGUUGCAGAACAAGGUUCUUUCUGCAGAGUCGUUGGUUCCGCCGAGUCUUCAGAGUGUGCUUUUAGGCGACGCUACUCUCGAGCAGUUGAGUGAUAUUUCAGGCAACCCAGAUGGUGGGGAUGCUGCAGAGGCUGCUCACAGGACGCUCAUGAUGGUUUGUACCGAUCCUUCUCAUGGAUUAAUGCCAGAAUCCAGUGAUAAUUUAACUAAGCCAGGACGUUUGGCUGGUAGAAGCACAUUGAAGGGUAAUCCAGGGCGUCUCCUUCGUUUGAUGCUGAGGUUAAGGCCGUUGGAGGUUGCGUAUCAUAAAGACCUACUAUUAGCUAUAGUUGGCGGAAGACCAUCUAUAGCUGCAUUAUACAUGGACUCUUUUCCGUAUAAUUUGGAGCCACGCCCAUCUCCUCAUUGGUUCUCGUCUAUAUUGCUUGCUUCAGAUUUAGUUUCUGCUGUAAAUGUGGGUACCUGCUUGUUUUCGUCCAUUCCCCUACGGAUUGAGCCGCCGAACUUGGAUAGCUCUGGAAUGCAAACCAUAUUGAAGUGCAUUUUGCCUUCUCCAUUGACUCGUCUAGUUAUUAACAGGGGUUUACUCCAUUCGAAUGUUUUGGUGAGACAUGGUUCACUGAGAAUUCUGCUCGAGGCGUUGAAGUCAAUGGAUAACAUAAUAGCUGCCAUAAAUAUCAAAAUUGGCAGCACAACAAGCAGGCGAGAUGCAGGUAGUACGAAAGGCAGAGUGCCCAGUCAAGUAAAAGAUAGUGAAGGUUUCCCAAAAAUAAUUGGUUUUUCAGGUUCUGGCGCUUUUCCAAAAAUUGAUGAAUAUCUAUCUACAUCAUCAUCUGCCAACAUAAAGGCAGAUGGCUCGCUGCUUCAAAGAUGGUCAUCUUUUAGACAAGGAUUGCAAGAUGAAUUUAGAGCCAUCCUGCCGGAUCCUCAAGUUCUUUUGAAGUUAUUAUCUUCAUUGAGCUGUAGCCAGGCAUUCACAAGAAAACCCUUAAAAAGAAAGGAAUUGACUACUUCACAUGAAACUAGUAAGGCUGCCAAGAGAUCCAAGUCCAACAAGGCUAGCGAAGAUGUUGACAUCUUUAUUAGUGGGAUUGCAAGUGAAGUCAGAGUGUCUCAAUCUGGGGAAUAUGGGAUAGUUGAUGAUACACAUCCCAAAGAAGAUGCAGAUGAAAUGCAAAAUACUUCUAUGAUUGCCUGGAUCUGGUCUCUUGACGAUUUGUCAUUUUUUGGUGAUGAACCAUGGAAUAUUGAAAGUUAUUUUCAUUCUAAGCUGCUUGAUGCAGUUACUCUUUAUAUGAGAACGAUCCCUGAUUCAUUAGUUGAGGGAUCAUAUGAUUUUUUUAAGAUUCUUCCCAGUGAUCCAAUGACAUUGAGCACCUGCCAGGUGCAGUCCCUUUUGUCAUUAUUAUUGGAGUACGUUCAGCAAUAUCCUAGAAGCAGGACUGCCACCAAAGGACAUGAGUUAAGAUACAAGCAUUUGCAACCUUUGAUUAAGCUGAUGCUGUAUUCACCAACAGCAGGGAUUAGAAAUCAGGCUUGUGUUUUGGCUCGGGAGGCAAUGUUGAGCACAGGUGCCUUUGAUGGGAAUGUGUCGGAAAUUGAGUCGUGGUUCAUGUCUCUUCCUGCAUAUGUCAGUGGCAGAGGUUCUGCAAGCAGCUCACCAUCUGAUACUCUUGAAAGCAUGACAGCGGUUCUGGUACCAUUUUUCUGUGAUGCAGUCUCUACUGUUGGGAACAACUUACACAAGUAUCUUCAUCAAUUAUGUGAUAAUCUUGAAAACAUCACUUCUUCUGAAGAUACUCCUGACUUUGGUCCACUGAUCCUCUGUAUACUACAGAAGUGCAUGCGAGUACUUGAAUCUGAUACCAAAACCUUCAAGCUUAUUGAUCGUUGCAUGAUCUCAUCAUACGUGGGCAACUCACUGAAGCUCUUGCUACAGAUUCAGUUAGGUUCAGGAUUGUUGGCUUCUCUCAUCAUCUCCAUUUUGACUGAAAAAUUUUGUAAGGAUCCUAGCGUCAAAGUUAAUUCCCAUGAGUUGCACUGUGAGUGGAGGCCAUUGAUGAACCUCCUUUGUUUUGCUCAAAGCAUGAAGUGCCAGGAUAUAUGUAAACCAAAGCCCAUUGCUUUGAAGCCAGUGAAUGGACAUGGUGGUUCCCUAACAAAAGCAGUUUACAAAGCAUUGAAAAUGGUAAAAGAAGGUCAUAAUGAGCCUCCAGUGAAGGUUGCAGCAGCUCUGUGUUCCUCUUUACUUUGUGCAGAUCUAGAAGAUCUAGUACAUAACUUCCCUGCUCUUCUUGUUGUUUUCAAAAGUUGUUUUGGGGAUGGAUUUGAGUUUCUAUUUUCUACGUGUUCUAUUGAACAUGGUCUUUUGGCCCAAAUUUCUAGGCAAUGGUCUGAUAUUUUUCCCGGUCAAAAAAUCAGAGCAACUGUCACCAUAGAUGAUGACACAGAAGCUAAUGAAGUUUUUCAGGGUAACAGCUUGAUGACAUCCUCUGAGGACACUACACUGGUUUCUGGCUUUUCAGAUGAAUUUACUGUCUCUGCAUUCAAUCUGUUUCUGCGGCGCAUGCCUUUAUGCAUUAUAUUACCCACAAUAAUAUGUUUUGGUGAUUCAAGGCCACUUGAUCGUUCUGAAAUUACAGAUCUGCUCAAGUCCAAAAUAUCAGAAGCUUCAAGUGGUAAUAUCAUCCUGUUGUUAAGGUUCAUCUUAUUCUGGCUUCAUCAGGUAGAGUUGUACUAUGGAAUUGCACCAUCUAGCUAUUUGGAGCAACAAAUAUGUUUGUGCUUUCUUCUGAUAGAAGUUUUGCUGAUUCAAACACUGGCAUCAACUUUUGAUCCCGUUACCUCACAAUUUGGACAAGCAGAUUCUAACACAUUGAUUGUUGAAGUUGUGGAUAUUAUUUUUCAUCAUCCUGCAGUAACCAUGUUCCUUUUGCACCCCACUUGUACCAACAAGGAUAAGACGAGAAGUGUAGGGAAUGGUUUCAAAGACUUUCUUUUUACUUCCAAGCAGUAUGUUAGUCCUAUUGACCUCUGUGUCUUGCACCUUUUGAGAAAUAUUGCUGAUUCCAUAUCAAAACAAAAUACAAGUACUGCAUGCAGUGUUCAUGACAUCCACAAUGCCGUCAAGAAUGCCUGCAGGAACUUGCUUCAAAGGCUACUUGCGGUCUUUAGGGAGGACUUUGAGUGGUGUAUACUUGAAAACAGGAACCAGGUGCCAUGUUUUGCUAGUUGGUAUGUUCUUUCCGAGUCAUUGCAAUAUAUAUCUCCUUUUGUUUUGCUGGAAACUGCUAAUUGGGUUUUCUGCAAAAUGGAAAUGCAUGGGACACAUACAUUGGCUGUGUUUUCUCCUGUCUCUGCUGGGAUGUACAUUGCUGAAAUGGCAUUUAAGAUGUUACCAAGUUAUCUUGUCCAUGGAAGUGAAAAUAGGAGCACAUGCAGUUUAUUUUGGGAAAGUUCAGUUCAAAGCUUGGAUCUUUGCCUUGUCGAAAAGGUUUAUUUUAGGGUCCUUGACUUCUCCAUGAGCUAUCAGUUGGAAAAUGCUGAUUUAUGCUUAUUGAAUGCUGUUGUUGCUGCAAAAAUAAUUAAUAAAACAGCUCAACCUCAAGUUGCUCAUCUUCCAUUGAGUAUGGCGAUGUUGAGGAUGAUUACUGAAAGUCCCAUUGAAAUGGUUGUGCACUGCAUGCAUAAGAUAGACAAAGUAAAGUCAAAGCUAUUGUCACUAAUCACAGAGAUGAGUCCUCAUCAUUUGAACUAUUUUGGAAAGAUAUUCUUAUCAAUGGUAAACAAAAAAGGCGUUCCUGGUAUGGAUAUUCUUGUUAGCUUAGAGCAGAUAAAGAAGAUAGUAGAACAGUACUCAGUUUUGGGUACUGAAGAUAAAGUGAUGCUGUUGCCCACUGUCCAUUUGUAUUUCUCAAGCUUAUCAAAUUUGGACAAGGACCAUGCUGAAGUUAUUACUGAGUUCGUUUCAGGGUUUCUACUGGAUGGCUCUUUGGAUUGGCAGAAUUUUGUUACUAGCAGCAUCUUCCUGAUAGACCCUAAUGAAGUUUCGUUCACAUCUACAAUUGAACUACCACACCUUUUCAGCUUCAGUGUACUUGGAAAAUUUGUUCAUCUGUUUCAUUACUAUAUUGAUGAAAACUUAGACAACAAAAAAUGGAGAAAAGCAUUAUUCAAUUCUGUUUUUACAAGCCUACCUAUGCAUGAUGAAAUUCUAAUGUGUGAUGCAAAUGAGGUUUUCAAUUGUUCAUAUGAACAGUUGCUCAAUCUUGUGAAUGGGUUUGUUGCAAAAUUGUCCUUGCUAAGGAUGCUAUUGUAUCCAAAAAGCCAUUCAGUGCAUUUUCCAGUAAUUAAGGCAGAUGAAGGAUCUAGUGGAAUGCUUUCAAGGGAGAUUAGUAGCAAAGUGAAACUGAAACCAAAGUUGUACUUUAGACUUAUGAUUUGUCUGGUUGUCACUUUGGACAAGAUUGUGCAAAGAUGCUCUUUAUCAGUAAUAUAUUCUAGUUCACAAAAAAGUGAUUAUUGUUCUUUAUUUGCAAGGUUUCUGGAAAUUACCAUAUUGAGAAAUCUAGUUGAGUUGUCUGCAGAGCUGGGUAGUGAUCCUGUGCCAGUGAAAUACCUUACAUUUCUGGAACCUUUUACUAGAUCUUCUCUAGUCUAUAGAUUUGAGGAUCCUGCUACUUUAAGGGCUAUGCGUACUAUUCUUCUUUUGUUUUCAAGAUGCAGUUUUAACUUCAAUGAUAUUCUUAAUCAUUUACUUGCACAUUCACUAUUUAUUCCAACCAUUCUGUGGUGUGAGAUGAAAGAUGAUCUCUCCUUCCAUGAUCCUCGUGAGCAUCUAUCACUCCGUUCAGCAUCCAGAGUUUUACAGCUUUUAACAUUUUAUGAUCCCAAAGGGAAUGGCGUCACUGACAAAGUGAAUACUGAAAAAACUAUCAUGGAUAUUUAUCCUGAUAUUUACCAUAGAAAACUGGAAGUGGUUAAAUUAUUGAGAGCUUUGGUUCUACUUAAAGCUCAAAAUAUAUGUCUUAGUGCCUCUGAGGAAGUUGCCUUUAAUCCCAGAGACUUGGUGUCUUUACUUUUAUCAGGAUAUGGGGCAACUAUGAAUGAAAUCGACUUGGAAGUUUGUAAACUUAUGCAUGAAAUUGAGUUUGUGGACGGAUCAGAUGGUUCUCACAUUGCUGUGAUGAAUUUUCUAUGGGGAAGUUCUGCAUCAAAAAUAAGAACAGAGCAAAUUCUUGAUAAGUUGCUGUCCGUUGAUGGAGGAGGUGGCGGCGAAAUAGAUGAAGAAUAUCAUAAGAGGACUUUCAAGGAAAACCUUGCUGUUGACUCUAGAUAUUCUUUAAUGACUGUCUUGAACUUUCCUUAUCAUCAACAUGCAUGGACUCAACCAGCUUCCCUGGACAAACUUUUGCAAGACAGCUUUGCGGAUAUGUCAUCGGCAUCAUAUGAGAAGAGAAGAGUAACUUCAUAUGACCCAGAUUUCAUUUUGCGGUUCUCGAUUCAUGGAUUGUCUAGGGGCUUCUUUGAACCUAUUGAGUUUGCAAGACUUGGUCUGCUUGCAAUUGCAUUUGUUAGCAUAGCUUCUACUGAUGAGGGGAUACGGAAAAUGGGAUAUGAUGCUCUUGGAAACUUUAAACAAUCUCUGGAGGAUAGACAAGCUGGUAAAGUUGGAUUGUCGCUUCGACUACUUCUAGCUUAUUUACAGAAUGGAAUCUUGGAACCGUGGCAGAAGAUUCCUUCUGUAAUUGCUGUUUUUGCUGCAGAGGCCUCUUUAAUUUUGAUGAAUCCACAGGAAAAUCAGUACCUUGUUGUUAAUCAAUUACUGACACGUUUCUCUAAGGUGAAUCUACAGGCUGUUCCAUUGUUCCACGCAUUGCUUGGGAGUGGCACCAUCAAUUUUCAAAGAGAUCUAGAUUGGAUUCUUCGCUUGUGUUGUGUUGGACUGAAUUUGGUUGAUGAUGCUUUGAUUGUUAAGAGAAGCUUUGUUUUUGAACUUUUGCUCAGCUUUCAUGCUUCUGCUUUGGUGAGCCAUGAGUCAAGAACGUUGAUACUACAGAUAGUGAAGAAAGCUGCUAAGUUGCCACUUUUGGUACAACACCUAGUCGAGAACUGUGGGAUAAUUUCAUGGUUGUCAUCAUUGUUGGCAUCAUGCACUCUGAAGCUGUAUGCAGCUCAAAAUACGCUUGUUUACUCAGAAAUGGUAGCUAUUUUUGAGGUCCUUACUGACAUUCUUUCGGAUAGAAGAAUAACCCUGUGGCUGAGAAAGAUUGCACUUGAGCAGCUGUCCGAGAUUUCGUCACAAAUACAUUCUAUUUUCCUGCGUGGGUCAGAAUUGCUGAAGGGCCAUACUCAAUUAUUAGACUUCUUUCUCGAGAUUCUCAUAUUAACUAUGAAAAUUUCUGCAAGGAGAAAAAUAUAUAAACCUCAUUUCAGCUUAUCGCUGGAAGGCCUGUACCAUGUCUACCUAGCUGUUGAAGGUGCCCUUUGUACCAGGAAAAAUAGAGCCACUGCUGAACUUGGGGUGAAGUGCAUACUUAUGAGCUCACCACCUGAAGCAAUGUCUACCAAGGACAAAUCUAUGAUAUUGAAGCUUGUUAUGUGGUGUAUUACCACUUCAACACAUUUGCUAUUGCAACCUAAAAAGGCAACUGAGCUGAAAAGUGCUGUUUUGAGUUGCCACAAAGAUGAUGAAAAUGAAGCCGAUAUGAGAGAAAAGCUUCUGCGGUGGAUGGCAGCUUUGGUCAUUCGUGGAGAAAUGCUGAGCAGCUCUACCUCUGUACAUAACACGGAACUGUCAAGAGCAAAGACUCUACAAAACUUACUGGAACAACAAGUGAAGGAUAGAACGAGUAUGAACCUGGCGACAGAGAGAGAAUUUGACGGCUUAUUGGCUGCGAUAAUUUUGUACUUGCAGCAACUUCAGGGCAUGCAAUGUACUGAGCUUCGCUCUGUAGUUUCUGCAAUGUGCUUACUUCUUCCAUUUGGUUCCAAAAUCUCAGGUAAUGGAGCGAUACUUCUAGAUGACAGGUUAAGCAAUCUGAUUUCAUUUCUGUCUUCACACAUUCAUUGCCCUGUAGAGACAAAUCCAGCUUGGAGAUGGUCAUAUCAUCAGCCAUGGAGGGACCUUUCAGCCGAUUCAACUGACGAGAACAAGAGAGUUGAAGUCCAGGCUUGUCAAUCUCUUCUUGUUAUUUUCUCAUAUGUCCUUAGUGGAAACAUGCCGAAGUUUCCAGUUUUAUUGGCUCAGUUGGCUGCUAGUUUUGAACUUCUCUCUUGGGACUUCACCAAUGCCUAGGAGUAUACAAUGGAGACAUGAGCUUAUUCUAUGGAAUCCAAGUAUCCGACAAACAUGCUAUGAUCUUUUCUGCAAUGAUCACGUAAAUUUGAGCUGUAGCUCAUGAAGUCCAGCGAUUCUGCGUGUUCAAGCAGAGGAAAGUAGUCUUGGCGUUCAAGCAGUCGUGCAGAUGACUACAUGGCAUUUUCGUUCCACUGUCAAGGAAGGCCCAUCGGCUGAAUUGGCUUGACCUGGAUCCGAGUUCUGUUGGCUCAAAGAAAAUGUCAUAGAGAGGGCCCGUGCACUUCCUGUGAAAUCAGGCAAGAUUUGUUGCCUGCAAUCUGAAAUUGUAUUAAAUUAUUUGCUACCAGUUUGGUGGGUGGGGCAAUCUAAUCGAACUGAUGUGAACAUGUACAUACAAAAGUGAGAAAGAAACUGAAGCUAUCUGGUUGCGGGUUCUGUUUCCUCGUGUUCAAAAGUUGUGAUCAUGACCAUGAACAUGAGACAAAUUUACUCUGUGCCAUUUUUCUUGAUGUAUUUAUGAUAUUUUUUAUUAUUUUGCA